UUUGCUCCGACCCGAUUAUUAUUCUACUCGCGCGCGAAGAAUGGGGUGGGCGUGGCUAGCAGGAUGGCUGUGGGCAGGGUCCGAGACUGCACGUGACUGGUGACGCGAUAGGCCGUUUAGCAACUUGGAACUAGCGUCUCCACUCUUCCUGUCAAAUCGCGGCUUCCCUCACUUCCGCUAUCCAAGCGCUGCGCUUCCUCUCUACGGUCACGUGGCAUAGUGAUGUCACGAAAGACCCCAGAGGAUCCGUCUGCGCCGGGAUAAGUGAAGAAUUGGGAUCUGAGGCUUAGUCUUAAAACAACCAUGACCAUCAAGAAAGACAAGAAGAAGAUGACUGAGCGGAUAGUGAAUCAUGCGCUGGAGAUAAUCUUCCUGCUUACUGGGGAGGAAUACAUCAUUAUGAAGAAGAAUGCUCCCCAAAGCAUACACCUUCUAACUGGAGAGGUCCAUAUAAAGAGUGGAGAUGCUGCUGUCUAUUUUUCCACAGAAGAGUGGGAAUAUAUAGAGAGACACAAGGAGUCUUACAAUGAUGUUAUGAUGGAGACCCUCGGUAGUUUGGGAAUACCAACCAGCAAGACCUCUGGUAAAAUUGCCGCUGAGGUUGCAUUAGAUAAGGAUCAAAAAGAAAAGCCCUAUGCAAUAAGGAGACUGAACACUGAAGUACAGGAAAUCGGUGGAAUUGUCGGUCCUGGUGGGAGUAAGCCAGGGUUUGAACCAGACAUUGAUCAGAAUGAACCAUGUGCAGUAAUAUGUGUGGACGAUAAAGAGGAAGAAAUAUGUAUAAAUGGUGACUCGGUCUCAAUUCUUCCAGGUGAGAUCAAUGAAGUUAUGUCAGAUAUAGAAAACAAAGGGGAGCCAUUUGCAGACAGUAGCCUGGAAGACACUAUGCAGAUCAUCUGUGUGAAUGCUGACUCAGGUGAAUCAUCAGUUGUGGAUAUUUUAGAAGAAUCCCAGCCUGCCACAUGUAUAUCAGAUGAGGUAGCAGAUGAUGACACGGACAAAAACAACUCAGAGGUUGCAACAGAAGUGGAGCAAAAAGUGAAGCAACUUGCAGUAAGGUGCUUGGACGAUGAAGAUGAGGAAGUCUUUGUGAGCUCUGGCUCAGGUGGCUCUUGGAGCAGAAGAAUGUCAGAAGAAUACCAAACAACCGUAUGCAUGUCCCAUGAGCUAGCAAAAUAUGAAUCCAGUGUGUUUCAUGGGCUUCAAGCAGAUAAUUCUAAGGGGAACCUGGCUUUGUGGAAACGGGGAGACACCAUAUUUGCUUCGCAGUCUUAUCAGUGUAAAGAAAAUACAUUGGCUCUGAAUGAGAAGUUUGACUAUAGCAGCGAUGAUGCCCUUCAGGAGGCUAUGAAACAUAGCAGUAGAGAGAAGACAAUCGGUUCUAAAGUCUCCUCUGGAAAAUCUGGUUGUGAAUACUACGCACUUGCCGAAGACACCCCUUUUAAUUGUAACGUUGUUAAUAAUCCCUACGUGACCACUCAGCAGAUGGCACACACAGACGAUACAUUGUAUGAAUGUACUGACGGGGAAAAACACUUACCUUACGAUUCUAUUUUCAGUAGGCAUCAAAUCAUUCACACAAAAGAGGAGCCUUGCGCCUCUGCUGAUUUUGACAAGUGUUUCACCGAUAGCCCCCACGAGGCCACACAAUACCUGGAUAGUUCAGGAGAGAAACCCUUUAGUUGUAACGAUUGCGGACAGUGCUUUACAAGAAGGUCGAGUCUUCUUAGACACAGCAAAUUCCAUAGCGGAGACAAACCAUAUACAUGUCAUGUAUGUGGGAAAUGCUUCUCAAACAAGUCCCAUCUUGUGGCCCACAGGAGAAUUCAUGAGGGAGAGAAGCCAUAUGCUUGCCCUGAAUGUGGGAAAUGCUUUGCUAACCGGUCCUAUCUGUCUGUGCACAAGAGAACGCACACAGGAGAGAAACCCUAUUCGUGUCCUGAGUGUGGCAAACGCUUCACUGCCAUGCAAAGUGUUGUCAGACACCGGAGAUCUCACACAGGAGAGAAGCCUUAUGCAUGCGGUGAGUGUGGGAAACGUUUCACUAGAAGGUCAUGUCUUAACAGGCAUAACAGAUCCCACAUGAGAGUGAAACCUUUUCCUUGUUCAGAGUGUGGCCAGUGCUUCACCAACAAGGCACUUCUGGAUGCGCACAAAAUUACUCACACAGGGGUGAAGCUUUACUCGUGCACGGAGUGCGGCAAAUGCUUCACCCAAAUGGCAGCCCUCAUUGCUCAUCACCGAUCCCAUAUAGAAGAGAAUCCCUGAAGAUCUCCUAACGUAGGCACAACAGGACUGCAGAAAAAGAUCUUAUCAGGUGAUAAUACUUGAAGAAGUGGUUCAUUUCACUUCUGUACCAGCAAACUCAUGCCGAAAAGAAUCUUGAGUUCCCUUUUAUUCAAGGGAGCUGCUUUGCAUACGUUGUGCAGGAGAGAACACACAUACACACAGGUGAGAACAGAGACAGUAAAUAUAUAGAACAUUACUUUACAUUGGGGAGGGCAGAACUAUAGAGAGCUUGGAAUUUCCAUGAACAAUAAUCUUAUUUAAAAAUCUAGUUCUUCUGUAAAAGAGCAUGUUGCAGCAUUCAUAGGGAUAGAUGUACAAUUUCUGACUUUUUAGGACACAAUGCUUGAGGAAAUCUUUGUUUUGUUUGACCUGACCCCCAACCUGAGAAGUCUGCUGUAAAACUGCAAAGAUGUAAUGAAAGGUACAAAGUUUGCUCAGGGUAUUGUAACCCAUAGCAACCAAUAAGUAGGUAGCAUUUGCUGGUCUGCUGUUUGAAAUCAAAUGCCUGACUUUAUAAUGGGUUAUUAGAGAUGAUGUAAACAUUGCAUAUGUUAUUAUUACCUUAUUCCCUGGGUUGAGUGCUAACAAGUAGGCUUCUUUGCUGCAGAGCAAAGUAAAAAGACAUGUAUAAUAUAGAAGUGCCAAAUUCAUGGACCUGAACCUAUUGCCGAACUAAAUUUUAAAGUUUUUAGUAUUUAACUACCAGGGUUAGCUUAUUAUAUUCUUAAUGGAGAACUUAACCCCCUUUCUAAUAAAAACCCUUACCCUCUAUAGUCCCCCCCUCCCUUCUCUCCCCCCCCCGCACAGGAGUUAACACAAGUAAAUACCCCAUAGCCGGUAAUUACCCCCUUGUUGCAGAGUGCAACGGAGCUCACUGGGCCAUCUUCAGCCGCUUCGGUAAUCUUCGGGUCUUCUGGCGCUUUGGUAACUUUUGUCACUUUCACACAUGCGCAGUUGUAACGAACUGGGGAAAUGCUCCAACUGCACAUGCGCCGAUAUGGUGCUUCCUUACUGAAAUUACCGAAGUGGCUUAAGAUGGCCCCCAUGAGCUCCGCUGUGCUGACUCUGCAACAAGGGGUAAUUACCGGCUUAGGGGUAUUUACUUGUGUUAACUCCUGUGCGGGAGGGGGGCUAUGGAGGGUUGGGGUUUUUAUUAGAAAGGAGGUUUAGUUAUUCUUUAAGAGCUCAUGCAUUCCAUUAGAUUUAGGUGGAAUCUACUAGUAGAAAAUUAAGGCAACGUCAGACCAUAAACCACAUUUGUUCCGGCUCUUAGAGGCACAUUUGUUAAACAUUUGAGGUUGGAAAACCGUGUGUUUACAGGUUAAUGGAAACUAAUUGCAUUUCCCAUUGAUCUAACAUGUGAGCUGAAUAAACAGUUUUCACUGAACCAAUCGCAUCAGCUGUGCCACGGGUAUUUUAUGUUUUUUGUUUUGUUGUAUACAGUCUUUGGGCAGCAUUGGGUCCUAUACCUGACGGCAGCAAUCCGGUGUUCUAGAUCUGGAGCAGCACUCCAUUUUGGGAUUUAUGCUUUAUUAAGAUGACAGUGCCACUUUUAAUAAAUGUGCCCCUACAGUCCAGUUGUCUAGUUUGCAUGAAAUCACCAGAUUCCAUAGAUAAAAAUGGUUUAUAUUUUUCCAUUUUUCACCCAACCAAGUAGGUCCAGCAGAUAAUGGCCUGAAGUCCGCAAGAGCACUAAGGCAGAUUAAGGAUCAAUGUAGGAGAAAAUUCUGUUUAAAGGGGUAAGCAGGUUUUUCUUGAGGACUUAUUGAAAUAUCAAUAGCAAUGUGAUACCCAACAUCCCUGCUUGCUUAAUCAGAUGGAGAGAGGAAGCACAGUGUUGUGCUUGGUUUUACUCUGAAGUCUACUCAGAACUCUAGCAACAAAUCAAAAAACCCAAUGAAACUAUUUAGUCGAAGUGUUAGCUCCAUCUUUUCAAGGUUUAUUAAAAAAAAAAGUGUUAUUGUGUUUUUUAAUAAAACAAAUGGAAAAACUGAA